AUGGAAACAUCUGAGAAGGCCGGUGAACAUGAAACAAUUGAAAAUGUCAAAUCGGAGCAUCUAGAAGUUGCAUUUGAUCGCGCUGCAGAGAAAAGACUACUGUGGAAGCUCGAUAUCCAUGUCGUUCCCAUUUUAAUGAUCCUUUUCCUGAUGGCUUUCCUCGAUCGAAUCAAUAUUGGCAAUGCAGCAAUCCAAGGGCUAGAAACCGAUCUGAACAUGGGUGGACACGACUUCAACAUAGCAUUGUUCAUAUUUUUCAUUCCAUAUAUUCUCUUAGAGGUUCCAAGCAACCUCAUCUUGAGAAAAGUACCACCCUCGUGGUGGAUCAGUGGGAUUAUGUUUGCAUGGGGUAUGGUUGACUUCGACCCGUCUUUUAAUGAAGUGCUAAUAGAAAUGUCUUUUUGUCAACCAGGUAUUAUUACAAUUUGUCAAGGAGUGACUGAGAGCUUUGGGGGCUUGGUUGCUUGUCGAUUCCUAUUGGGGAUUUUCGAGGCCGGUUUUAUGCCAGGUUGCAUCUACCUCAUUUCGAUGUACUAUAAACGUCACGAACUACAAUGGCGUCUGAACGUAUUCUUUAGCGCUAGCAUUCUUGCUGGCGCUGUCAGUGGAUUGCUUGCUUAUGCCAUCGCCAACAUGGAUGGAAUCGCGGGGUAUAGCGCCUGGCGGUGGAUCUUCAUCAUUGAAGGUCUAGCGACUGUCGUGAUUGCAGCGGCUUCUAAGUUCUUAAUUGUCGAUUGGCCAGAGACUUCUAGCUUUUUAAAUGACGAGGAGCGAGCUCUACUCCUCUCUCGUUUAUUGGAGGAUCGGAAAGACGCUCGAAUGGACCGUCUGGACAGCGCCGCCAGGCGACGCGUUCUCCACGACAUCAAGAUCUAUCUCGGUCCCUUGAUGUAUUUCGGCAUCGUGAACACCGGGUACGCCUCAUCUUUCUUUACACCCACAAUUUUGAAGCAGCUGGGAUGGACCGCCAUUAGAGCCCAGGUCAUGAGCAUUCCGAUCUAUAUCGUUGCAUGUGUUAUAGCGUUGGUGACGGCACUCGCCAGUGACAGGCUGCGCCACCGUUUCGCCUUCACCCUUGCUGGAUGUGUCAUUGCAACCAUUGGAUAUGUUCUUCUACUCUGCCAAAAAUCGAUUCCCACCGGGGCACACUACUUCGCUCUGUUCGCGAUCACCGGCGGUGGAUACAUGACACAGCCAGUCCUGAUGGGUUGGUUGAGCAACAAUAUGGCUGGACACUACAAACAAUCGAUUUCCACGGCCAUGCAGAUCGGCAUCGGCAAUUGUGGUGGACUUGUUGCUAGCAAUAUCUUUUUUACCUCGGAAGCACCGACAUAUCCCACUGGCUUUGGUAUUAGUUUGGGCAUGGUGUGGAUCUGCGGUAUAUCCUGCGUUGUAUUCGUUGCCUGGCUCGCCCGGGAGAAUCGAUUGCGGGAAGAAGGCAAGAGAGACGAUCGAUAUGAGCUACCGCCUGAGGAACUUAGCAACCUUGGAGACGACCACCCUAGCUUUAGGUUUACGUAUUAG